AUGACAGGCGCAGUCCUAAGGCCCGUUUUCCACCGUGACUCUCCUCCACCAUUACCCCGAAGCAGAGCUCCACCUGAGCAGGGCCGCUGCGGACGCCGGUGCAGCUCUCCGCAGGACACCACGGCACAGGCCGCCUGGUACUGCCGGCGCCGUAACCGAGAACCUCCCGGCCUCAAGCCCUCCGGUGCGGGCGCAGAGCGGCCCAGCCGCUCCCCUCGCCCCCCUCCGCCAGGCCGCUGUCAGCAGUCGCCGACCGCGCACCUGCGCCCGCCGUCAUUCCGGAGCCACCACCACCAAAUGGCUGCCCCGCGCCCCCGGCUGGCCCAGCGGCCUAGCGGCGACAGACGGGGGGAAAGCAGCCGGCAGCCCCCUCCCCCGCGCCGCAGCGGGGCGGCGGCGCUGACAGGCCGCGCUCGGCGGGCGAGGCCUGGCCCCGCUCCCCCGCCCGGAUUCCGCAGUGCCGGGACCCUGCAGGGCACCGGGAGGCGGGGGAAAAAGGAGGAAGGGACGGAGGGAGAAGCGGGGGGGGUGUGCGGGCGGGGCCCCGCCGGGUCACCGCGUCCCCCGCGCCGGCCGCCCCCGCCGAGCCCGCUCCUACCUGCGAGGCGCGGGCGGCGGGGCCGGGAGCAGGCGGCGGCCCCGGCCUCUCACACGCCAUGGGGCGGGCAGCGCGGCGCGGAGCGGCGGGGGCAACGGCGGGGGCCUCGGCGGCGCCGCCUCAUCGCGCUGACAGCCGGGAGCGCCGCCACGCCCCCUCUCGCGAGACCCAGCGAGCGCAACGGCAGCGCCGCGCCACGCCCGCCACCGCCCCGCGCGUGA